CCCACCCCCCAAAAAGAAGAUGGCAGACUUUCGGGACGACACCGGAGCUCGAGCCCUACUGGCCUUGCAAUCUGCCCCGUGCAGCCCUGUUCGAGUCGGGGUGACCUCACCCGCAUACCCUCCCAAUUUCACCUUCUCGGGCUCUUCGGUGCUGAGCCGGGGCUGCGCGAUGCCUCCUCGCCUCGCGUCUCCUCCUCGGGCCCUGGCCAGGCUCGAAGGCCGGGACUUUGAUUUCGUCAUGAGGCAGCGGACAGUGACCGUAGGCCGUAACUCGUCGCACGGCUCCGUGGAUAUAAACAUGGGUCACUCGAGCUUCAUCUCUCGGCGGCACCUCCAGAUCACCUUCGAGGAGCCGUGCGGGUUUUCGCUGCGCUGCCUCGGGAAGAACGGCGUCUUCGUGGACGGCGUGUUUCAGAGGAGAGGCGCGCCUCCCCUGCAGCUGCCCCGGGAAUGUGUGUUCAGGUUCCCCAGUACAGUGAUCAAAAUCCAGUUCUCCUCUCUGUUGUCUGGGGAGGAGUCGAGAGAGGAGGAGCAGCGGUCUCCCCCGCCCCGCCUCACCCUCCUCCCACACAUCUCCCCCCUCAAGAUCAGCAUUCCCACAAUGCACCACGAGGACCUGCGACACCUGGUCAGCCCGCUGCCCUCUCCGACAGGGACCCUCAGUGUUCCUAACUCGUGCCCGGCCAGUCCGAGGGGUGCGGGGUCAUCGGGUUAUCGCUACGGACGCAACGUGACAUCUGACCUCCAGUUGGCUGCGGAGUUCGCUGCCAAGGCUGUCUCCGAGCAACAGCGGGGCGUUGCCGAGCAACACGGAGAGUCCGGAGGCGGAGACAGCCCCAAGGAUGAAUCGAAGCCUCCCUACUCGUACGCCCAGUUGAUAGUCCAGGCCAUCUCUUCAGCACCAGACAGACAGCUGACCCUGUCUGGAAUCUACACACAUAUCACCAAACACUACCCCUACUAUCGCACUGCUGACAAGGGCUGGCAGAACUCGAUCCGCCACAACCUGUCUCUGAACCGUUACUUCCUGAAGGUGGCUCGUAGCCAGGAGGAGCCUGGGAAAGGUAGUUUCUGGCGCGUGGACUCGGCCUCCGAGGGCAAGCUGGUGGAACAAGCCUUCAGGAAGAGGCGGCAGAGGGGCGUGGCCUGCUUCCGCACGCCGUUCGGACCGCUCUCGUCCAGGAGUGCCCCAGCGUCCCCCACCCACCAGGGUCUCCUCUCCCCUCCCUCCAGUGGUCUUCAGACCCCAGAGUGUCUCUCUAGAGAGGGAUCUCCGCUGUCUCACCACCACGACCUCGCUCACAAACUGGCCUCCGUACCAGAGUACAGAUAUACACAGAGCGCCCCAGGUUCUCCAGUACAUGGCCAGCCUGUGAUCAUGGCCGCCCCGCCCCACCCCCUGCCCUCGGGGAUGGGUAAACCCCUAGCCUUGUUCUCGGGCCCCGGAGUCGCUGGGGGACAGACCCUCCACAUGCUGCAGAGCCCCCCCAACACCCUCACCAUGCUCCGUCUGGUCACCACGGCUACGGCCUCCCACCCCCCAAACGGGUACAUCCUCACCCCCGGCGGGGGGCAGAGUCGUGGUAAUACCGGCGCUGGCCAGCAGGGAGCAGAGGGCACCGGCGAGCAGAGAGACUCCCAGCAGCAGAACAGGGAGCGAGUGAUCCAGUCGCUGGAGGGAGCUCAGCAGGGGGGUCAGGGGUCAGAGGGGCGUGGCCUAUCUCUGGGGCUGCACCAACUUCCCGUCCGCCCUGUCACUCAGAACGGCAAACACACCGCCGUCGCCACGGCUACCGGCGUCGCCAACGCUUACGCUCUGACCAGUCCUCUCCAGAUCCUGGCAGCCCAGGCCUCCAGCUCCCCCCCAGUCCUGGUGAGCAGACAGCCCAGCGCGGGGCUUGAUGUUGGGCCGGAGGUGCCAGGCGACCCCCAGGCUAAGAGGCCUAAGAUGGAGGAGGACGAUGCGGCUCCUCCCCCCAUUCAGCAGCCAGUCAUCGUGGCCAUGAGUUCUCAGCCACACGACAACAGAAAGUAGAACUGCUGAACUCUAACCCCCUGACCUGGUGUCUAGAGGAGGAGCCUCUCUGGGUGAACCAUCUCACCAGUCUGACCCCUGGGUCCCAGUGUCUGCUGGUUCACCCUCUGACCCCUGGGUCAGGGUCCCCCAGGUGUCACCUAGUAGAUAAAGCGUUGUGUCCCAUAUGGCACCCUACUCCCAACGUAGUGUACUGCCUCAGACCAGAGCCCUACUCCCAACGUAGUGUACUGCCUCAGACCAGAGCCCUACUCCCAACGUAUUGUACUGACCAGAGCCCUACUCCCAACGUAGUGUACUGCCUCAGACCAGAGCCCUACUCCCAACGUAGUGUACUGACCAGAGCCCUACUCCCAGCGUAGUGUACUGCCUCAGACCAGAGCCCUACUCCCAACGUAGUGUACUGACCAGAGCCCUACUCCCAACGUAGUGUACUGACCAGAGCCCUACUCCCAACGUAGUGUACUGACCAGAGCCCUACUCCCAACGUAGUGUACUGACCAGAGCCCUACUCCCAACGUAGUGUACUGACCAGAGCCCUACUCCCAACGUAGUGUACUGACCAGAGCCCUACUCCCAGCGUAGUGUACUGACCAGAGCCCUACUCCCAACGUAGUGUACUGACCAGAGCCCUACUCCCAACGUAGUGUACUGCCUCAGACUAGAGCCCUACUCCCAACGUAGUGUACUGCCUCAGACUAGAGCCCUACUCCCAACGUAUUGUACUGCCUCAGACCAGAGCCCUACUCCCAACAUAGUGUACUGACCAGAGCCCUACUCCCAGCGUAGUGUACUGACCAGAGCCCUACUCCCAGCGUAGUGUACUGACCAGAGCCCUACUCCCAGCGUAGUGUACUGACCAGAGCCCUACUCCCAGCGUAGUGUACUGUUUCAGACCAGAGCCCUACUCCCAACGUAGUGUACUGACCAGAGCCCUACUCCCAACGUAGUGUACUGCCUCAGACUAGAGCCCUACUCCCAACGUAUUGUACUGCCUCAGACCAGAGCCCUACUCCCAACAUAGUGUACUGACCAGAGCCCUACUCCCAACGUAGUGUACUGACCAGAGCCCUACUCCCAGCGUAGUGUACUGCCUCAGACCAGAGCCCUACUCCCAACAUAGUGUACUGUUUCAGACCAAAGCCCUACUCCCAACGUAGUGUACUGACCAGAGCCCUACUCCCAACGUAGUGUACUGCCUCAGACCAGAGCCCUACUCCCAGCGUAGUGUACUGACCAGAGCCCUACUCCCAGCGUAGUGUACUGCCUCAGACCAGAGCCCUACUCCCAACGUAGUGUACUGACCAGAGCCCUACUCCCAGCGUAGUGUACUGCCUCAGACCAGAGCCCUACUCCCAACAUAGUGUGCUGACCAGAGCCCUACUCCCAACGUAGUGUACUGACCAGAGCCCUACUCCCAGCGUAGUGUACUGCCUCAGACCAGAGCCCUACUCCCAACGUAGUGUACUGACCAGAGCCCUACUCCCAACGUAGUGUACUGACCAGAGCCCUACUCCCAACAUAGUGUACUGUUUCAGACCAGAGCCCUACUCCCAGCGUAGUGUACCAACCAGAGCCCUACUCCCAACAUAGUGUACUGCCUCAGACCAGAGCCCUACUCCCAACGUAGUGUACUGACCAGAGCCCUACUCCCAACAUAGUGUACUGACUAGAGCCCUACUCCCAGCGUAGUGUACUGUUUCAGACCAGAGCCCUACUCCCAACUUAGUGUACUGACCAGAGCCCUACUCCCAACAUAGUGUACUGACUAGAGCCCUACUCCCAGCGUAGUGUACUGUUUCAGACCAGAGCCCUACUCCCAACAUAGUGUACUGCCUCAGACCAGAGCCCUACUCCCAACGUAGUGUACUGUUUCAGACCAGAGCCCUACUCCCAGCGUAGUGUACUGACCAGAGCCCUACUCCCAACGUAGUGUACUGUUUCAGACCAGAGCCCUACUCCCAACAUAGUGUACUGACCAGAGCCCUACUCCCAGCGUAGUGUACUGCCUCAGACCAGAGCCCUACUCCCAGCGUAGUGUACUGACCAGAGCCCUACUCCCAACGUAGUGUACUGACCAGAGCCCUACUCCCAACGUAGUGUACUGACCAGAGCCCUACUCCCAACGUAGUGUACCGACCAGAGCCCUACUCCCAGCGUAGUGUACUGACCAGAGCCCUACUCCCAACGUAGUGUACCGACCAGAGCCCUACUCCCAACGUAGUGUACCGACCAGAGCCCUACUCCCAACGUAGUGUACUGACCAGAGCCCUACUCCCAACGUAGUGUACUGACCAGAGCCCUACUCCCAACAUAGUGUACUGACCAGAGCCCUACUCCCAACAUAGUGUACUGACCAGAGCCCUACUCCCAACGUAGUGUACUGACCAGAGCCCUACUCCCAACGUAGUGUACUGACCAGAGCCCUACUCCCAACGUAGUGUACUGACCAGAGCCCUACUCCCAACGUAGUGUACUGACCAGAGCCCUACUCCCAACGUAGUGUACUGACCAGAGCCCUACUCCCAACGUAGUGUACCGACCAGAGCCCUACUCCCAACGUAGUGUACUGACCAGAGCCCUACUCCCAACGUAGUGUACUGACCAGAGCCCUACUCCCAACGUAGUGUACUGCCUCAGACCAGAGCCCUACUCCCAACAUAGUGUACUGACCAGAGCCCUACUCCCAACAUAGUGUACCAACCAGAGCCCUACUCCCAACGUAGUGUACUGACCAGAGCCCUACUCCCAACGUAGUGUACUGACCAGAGCCCUACUCCCAACGUAGUGUACUGCCUCAGACCAGAGCCCUACUCCCAACGUAGUGUACUGACCAGAGCCCUACUCCCAACAUAGUGUACCGACCAGAGCCCUACUCCCAACGUAGUGUACCAACCAGAGCCCUACUCCCAACGUAGUGUACUGACCAGAGCCCUACUCCCAACGUAGUGUACCGACCAGAGCCCUACUCCCAACGUAGUGUACCAACCAGAGCCCUACUCCCAACGUAGUGUACCAACCAGAGCCCUACUCCCAACGUAGUGUACCGACCAGAGCCCUACUCCCAACAUAGUGUACCGACCAGAGCCCUACUCCCAACAUAGUGUACCGACCAGAGCCCUACUCCCAACAUAGUGUACCAACCAGAGCCCUACUCCCAACGUAGUGUACUGACCAGAGCCCUACUCCCAACGUAGUGUACUGACCAGAGCCCUACUCCCAACGUAGUGUACUGACCAGAGCCCUACUCCCAACGUAGUGUACCAACCAGAGCCCUACUCCCAGCGUAGUGUACUGCCUCAGACCAGAGCCCUACUCCCAACGUAGUGUACUGACCAGAGCCCUACUCCCAACGUAGUGUACUGACCAGAGCCCUACUCCCAACGUAGUGUACCAACCAGAGCCCUACUCCCAACGUAGUGUACCAACCAGAGCCCUACUCCCAGCGUAGUGUACUGACCAGAGCCCUACUCCAAACGUAGUGUACUGCUUUAGGUUUGAGGUAAGGACCAGCAGACACUGUGGCUCAGGAGAGGAGGGGCCCUGCAGGACCCGGUGUGUGUUCGGAGGAGAGGAGGGAGGAAGAGAGGAAAGGAGGGAGGAGGCUAAUCUAAUUUAGACGAUCUGAUUGUGUUUAAUUUCAUCAUUAGAAGGUGCUGAGUUAUAACCUGGGUCAACAACACACACUGCAAAUACUCUGUACCUAUACUACUCUGUACUAUACUAUACUACUCUGUACUAUACUAUACUACUCUGUACUAUAAUACUCUGUAAUAUACUACUCUGUACUAUACUAUAAUACUCUGUACCUAUACUACUCUGUACUAUACUAUACUACUCUGUACUAUACUACUCUGUACUAUACUACUCUGUACUCUAAUACUCUGUAAUAUACUAUACUACUCUGUAAUAUACUAUACUACGCUGUACUAUACUAUGCUGUACUAUACUAUACUACUCUGUACUAUACUACUCUGUACUAUACUACUCUGUAAUAUACUAUACUACUCUGUACUAUACUAUAAUACACUGUACUGUACUAUAAUACUCUGUACUAUACUAUACUACUCUGUACUAUACUAUACUACUCUGUACUGUACUAUACUACUCUGUACUGUACUAUACUACUCUGUACUAUACUAUAAUACACUGUACUGUGCUAUAAUACUCUGUACUGUACUAUACUACUCUGUACUGUACUAUAAUACACUGUACUAUACUAUACUACUCUGUACUAUACUAUACUAUACUACUCUGUAAUAUACUAUUCUGUACUAUAAUGCUCUGUACUAUAAUACUCUGUACUAUACUACUCUGUACUAUACUACAAUACUCUGUACUGUACUAUAUUACUCUGCACUAUACUUUACUACUCUGUACUGUACUAUAGUACUCUGUACUAUACUAUAAUACUGUAUACCACACCUGGGUCACACAGGUGAUAUGAUACUAUAAUACUCUGUACUACUCUGUGGAUCUCAGCUGUGUGACCCCAGGUGUGGAUCUCAGCUGUGUGACCCCAGGUGUGGAUCUCAGCAGUGUGACCCCAGGUGUGGAUCUCAGCAGUGUGACCCCAGGUGUGGAUCUCAGCUGUGUGACCCCAGGUGUGGAUCUCAGCAGUGUGACCCCAGGUGUGGAUCUCAGCUGUGUGACCCCAGGUGUGGAUCUCAGCUGUGUGACCCCAGGUGUGGAUCUCAGCUGUGUGACCCCAGGUGUCGAUCUCAGCUGUGUGACCCCAGGUGUGGAUCUCAGCUGUGUGACCCCAGGUGUGGAUCUCAGCUGUGUGACCCCAGGUGUGGAUCUCAGCUGUGUGACCCCAGGUGUGGAUCUCAGCUGUGUGUACAGUUUAAUAUUUUAGCAUUAUCUCGAUCAUUUUAUCCCUUUAAAAAAGCCUUAAAUAUUUCUAAUUUUUUUGUUGUUGGUUCAUCUAGGGAACUUUUACUUAACAUUAAAGAAUGUUUUUAAUGUUAAGGAGGAAGACUUUUAUUUUGUAAUGUUGCAGACUGCUUCAGAACAGGACUUUUAUUUUGUAAUGUUGCAAGUUGCUUCAGAACAGGACUUUUAUUUUGUAAUGUUGCAAGUUGCUUCAGAACAGGACUUUUAUUUUGUAAUGUUGCAAGUUGCUUCAGAACAGGACUUUUAUUUUGUAACGUUGCAAGAGAGAGAGAAGCGCAUUUCAGAUCGGUACAUGGUGUUUGUGACUUGCAGGGAAGGAGGUAGAACCUUCUGGAAGUCUGCUUCCCUAAUGGCAUCCUGUACCCUACAUAGUGCACUACUGCAGACCUCCAGGAGGUUAUAACCUCCAUCUCCCUUCCCUACAAGUCAACGAGCACCAUGUCCUGAUGUGAGACGUGCUUCUCUCUCUGCAGCGUUACAGAAUGAACCAGACUGUGAUGUAAGCAGGGAGAACCUUUUUGUCAGGGGAAUUGAAAGGUGGGACCGACUCCACUUAACGACACAGCGACAAUUUAUAACUUAAAACAAUAAAUAAUCAUCUAAAUCUCCCUUUUUUUCUUUCUCUCUGACUCUGUCCUGUGUGGCUCCUCACCCUCCUGUUUCUCUCUGACUCUGUCCUGUGUGACUCCUCACCCUCCUGUUUCUCUCUGACUCUGUCCUGUGUGACUCCUCACCCUCCUGUUUCUCUCUGACUCUGUCCUGUGUGACUCCUCACCCUCCUGUUUCUCUCUGACUCUGUCCUGUGUGACUCCUCACCCUCCUGUUUCUCUCUGACUCUGUCCUGUUUGACUCCUCACCCUCCUGUUUCUCUCUGACUCUGUCCUGUGUGACUCCUCACCCUCCAGUUUCUAUCUGACUCUGUCCUGUUUGACUCCUCACCCUCCUGUUUCUCUCUGACUCUGUCGUGUUUGACUCCUCACCCUCCUGUUUCUCUCUGACUCUGUCCUGUUUCUCUCCUCACCCUCCUGUUUCUCUCUGACUCUGUCCUGUUUCUCUCCUCACCCUCCUGUUUCUCUCUGACUCUGUCCUGUUUGACUCCUCACCUUCCUGUUUCUCUCUGACUCCUCACCCUCCUGUUUCUCUCUGACUCCUCACCCUCCUGUGUGACUCCUCACCUUCCUGUUUCUCUCUGACUCUGUCGUGUUUGACUCCUCACCCUCCUGUUUCUCUCUGACUCUGUCCUGUUUGACUCCUCACCCUCCUGUUUCUCUCUGACUCCUCACCCUCCUGUUUCUAUCUGACUCUGUCCUGUUUGACUCCUCACCCUCCUGUUUCUCUCUGACUCCUCACCCUCCUGUUUGACUCCUCACCCUCCUGUUUCUCUCUGACUCUGUCCUGUUUGACUCCUCACCCUCCUGUUUCUCUCUGACUCCUCACCCUCCUGUUUCUCUCUGACUCUGUCCUGUUUGACUCCUCACCCUCCUGUUUCUCUCUGACUCUGUCCUGUUUGACUCCUCACCCUCCUGUUUCUCUCUGACUCCUCACCCUCCUGUUUCUCUCUGACUCUGUCCUGUUUGACUCCUCACCCUCCUGUUUCUCUCUGACUCUGUCCUGUUUGACUCCUCACCCUCCUGUUUCUCUCUGACUCCUCACCCUCCUGUUUCUCUCUGACUCUGUCCUGUUUGACUCCUCACCCUCCUGUUUCUCUCCUCACCCUCCUGUUUCUCUCUGACUCUGUCCUGUGUGACUCCUCACCCUCCUGUUUCUCUCUGACUCUGUCCUGUGUGACUCCUCACCCUCCUGUUUCUCUCUGACUCUGUCCUGUUUGACUCUUCACCCUCCUGUUUCUCUCUGACUCUGUCCUGUGUGACUCCUCACCCUCCUGUUUCUCUCUGACUCUGUCCUGUGUGACUCCUCACCCUCCUGUUUCUCUCUGACUGUCGUGUUUGACUCCUCACCCUCCUGUUUCUCUCUGACUCCUCACCCUCCUGUUUCUCUCUGACUCCUCAUCCUCCUGUUUCUCUCUGACUCUGUCCUGUUUGACUCCUCACCCUCCUGUUUCUCUCUGACUCUGUCCUGUUUGACUCCUCACCCUCCUGUUUCUCUCUGACUCUGUCGUGUUUGACUCCUCACCCUCCUGUUUCUCUCUGACUCCUCACCCUCCUGUUUCUCUCUGACUCUGUCCUGUGUGACUCCUCACCCUCCUGUUUCUCUCUGACUCUGUCCUGUUUGACUCCUCACCCUCCUGUUUCUCUCUGACUCUGUCCUGUUUGACUCCUCACCCUCCUGUUUCUCUCUGACUCCUCACCCUCCUGUUUCUCUCUGACUCUGUCGUGUUUGACUCCUCACCCUCCUGUUUCUCUCUGACUCUGUCCUGUUUCUCUCCUCACCCUCCUGUUUCUCUCUGACUCUGUCCUGUUUGACUCCUCACCUUCCUGUUUCUCUCUGACUCUGUCGUGUUUGACUCCUCACCCUCCUGUUUCUCUCUGACUCUGUCCUGUUUGACUCCUCACCCUCCUGUUUCUCUCUGACUCUGUCCUGUUUGACUCCUCACCCUCCUGUUUCUCUCUGACUCCUCACCCUCCUGUUUCUCUCUGACUCUGUCCUGUUUGACUCCUCACCCUCCUGUUUCUCUCUGACUCUGUCCUGUUUGACUCCUCACCCUCCUGUUUCUCUCUGACUGUCCUGUGUGGCUCCUCACCCUCCUGUUUCUCUCUGACUCCUCACCCUCCUGUUUCUCUCUGACUCUGUCCUGUUUGACUCCUCACCCUCCUGUUUCUCUCUGACUCCUCACCCUCCUGUUUCUCUCUGACUCUGUCCUGUUUGACUCCUCACCCUCCUGUUUCUCUCUGACUCCUCACCCUCCUGUUUCUAUCUGACUCUGUCCUGUUUGACUCCUCACCCUCCUGUUUCUCUCUGACUCUGUCCUGUUUGACUCCUCACCCUCCUGUUUCUCUCUGACUCUGUCCUGUUUGACUCCUCACCCUCCUGUUUCUCUCUGACUCUGUCCUGUUUGACUCCUCACCCUCCUGUUUCUCUCUGACUCUGUCGUGUUUGACUCCUCACCCUCCUGUUUCUCUCUGACUCUGUCCUGUGUGGCUCCUCACCCUCCUGUUUCUCUCUGACUCUGUCCUGUUUGACUCCUCACCCUCCUGUUUCUCUCUGACUCUGUCCUGUGUGACUCCUCACCCUCCCGUUUCUCUCUGACUCUGUCCUGUUUGACUCCUCACCCUCCUGUUUCUCUCUGACUCUGUCCUGUUUGACUCCUCACCCUCCUGUUUCUCUCUGACUCUGUCGUGUUUGACUCCUCACCCUCCUGUUUCUCUGACUCCUCACCCUCCUGUUUCUCUCUGACUCUGUCCUGUUUGACUCCUCACCCUCCUGUUUCUCUCUGACUCUGUCCUGUUUGACUCCUCACCCUCCUGUUUCUCUCUGACUCUGUCCUGUUUGACUCCUCACCCUCCUGUUUCUCUCUGACUCUGUCCUGUUUGACUCCUCACCCUCCUGUUUCUCUCUGACUGUCGUGUUUGACUCCUCACCCUCCUGUUUCUCUCUGACUCCUCACCCUCCUGUUUCUCUCUGUCCUGUUUGACUCCUCACCCUCCUGUUUCUCUCUUGACUCCUCACCCUCCUGUUUCUCUCUGUCCUGUUUGACUCCUCACCCUCCUGUUUCUCUCUGACUCCUCACCCUCCUGUUUCUCUCUGACUGUCGUGUUUGACUCCUCACCCUCCUGUUUCUCUCUGACUCCUCACCCUCCUGUUUCUCUCUGUCCUGUUUGACUCCUCACCCUCCUGUUUCUCUCUGACUCCUCACCCUCCUGUUUCUCUCUGACUGUCGUGUUUGACUCCUCACCCUCCUGUUUCUCUCUGACUCCUCACCCUCCUGUUUCUCUCUGACUCCUCACCCUCCUGUUUCUCUCUGUCCUGUUUGACUCCUCUCCUGUUUCUCUCUGUCCUGUUUGACUCCUCACCCUCCUGUUUCUCUCUGUCCUGUUUGACUCCUCACCCUCCUGUUUCUCUCUGUCCUGUUUGACUCCUCACCCUCCUGUUUCUCUCUGACUCUGUCCUGUUUGACUCCUCACCCUCCUGUUUCUCUCUGACUCUGUCCUGUUUGACUCCUCACCCUCCUGUUUCUCUCUGACUCCUCACCCUCCUGUUUCUCUCUGACUCCUCACCCUCCUGUUUCUCUCUGACUCUGUCCUGUUUCUCUCCUCACCCUCCUGUUUCUCUCUGACUCUGUCCUGUUUGACUCCUCACCCUCCUGUUUCUCUCUGACUCCUCACCCUCCUGUGUGACUCCUCACCCUCCUGUUUCUCUCUGACUCCUCACCCUCCUGUUUCUCUCUGACUCCUCACCCUCCUGUUUCUCUCUGACUCUGUCCUGUUUGACUCCUCACCCUCCUGUUUCUCUCUGACUCUGUCCUGUUUGACUCCUCACCCUCCUGUUUCUCUCUGACUCUGUCCUGUUUGACUCCUCACCCUCCUGUUUCUCUCUGACUCUGUCCUGUUUGACUCCUCACCCUCCUGUUUCUCUCUGACUGUCGUGUUUGACUCCUCACCCUCCUGUUUCUCUCUGUCCUGUUUGACUCCUCACCCUCCUGUUUCUCUCUUGACUCCUCACCCUCCUGUUUCUCUCUGUCCUGUUUGACUCCUCACCCUCCUGUUUCUCUCUGACUCCUCACCCUCCUGUUUCUCUCUGACUGUCGUGUUUGACUCCUCACCCUCCUGUUUCUCUCUGACUCCUCACCCUCCUGUUUCUCUCUGUCCUGUUUGACUCCUCACCCUCCUGUUUCUCUCUGACUCCUCACCCUCCUGUUUCUCUCUGACUGUCGUGUUUGACUCCUCACCCUCCUGUUUCUCUCUGACUCCUCACCCUCCUGUUUCUCUCUGACUCCUCACCCUCCUGUUUCUCUCUGACUCCUCACCCUCCUGUUUCUCUCUGACUCCUCACCCUCCUGUUUCUCUCUGACUCCUCACCCUCCUGUUUCUCUCUGUCCUGUUUGACUCCUCACCCUCCUGUUUCUCUCUGUCCUGUUUGACUCCUCACCCUCCUGUUUCUCUCUGUCCUGUUUGACUCCUCACCCUCCUGUUUCUCUCUGUCCUGUUUGACUCCUCACCCUCCUGUUUCUCUCUGUCCUGUUUGACUCCUCACCCUCCUGUUUCUCUCUGACUCUGUCCUGUUUGACUCCUCACCCUCCUGUUUCUCUCUGACUCUGUCCUGUUUGACUCCUCACCCUCCUGUUUCUCUCUGACUCCUCACCCUCCUGUUUCUCUCUGACUCCUCACCCUCCUGUUUCUCUCUGACUCCUCACCCUCCUGUUUCUCUCUGACUCUGUCCUGUUUCUCUCCUCACCCUCCUGUUUCUCUCUGACUCUGUCCUGUUUGACUCCUCACCCUCCUGUUUCUCUCUGACUCCUCACCCUCCUGUGUGACUCCUCACCCUCCUGUUUCUCUCUGACUCCUCACCCUCCUGUUUCUCUCUGACUCCUCACCCUCCUGUUUCUCUCUGACUCCUCACCCUCCUGUUUCUCUCUGACUCUGUCCUGUUUGACUCCUCACCCUCCUGUUUCUCUCUGACUCUGUCCUGUUUGACUCCUCACCCUCCUGUUUCUCUCUGACUCUGUCCUGUUUGACUCCUCACCCUCCUGUUUCUCUCUGACUCUGUCCUGUUUGACUCCUCACCCUCCUGUUUCUCUCUGACUCUGUCCUGUUUCUCUCCUCACCCUCCUGUUUCUCUCUGACUCUGUCGUGUUUGACUCCUCACCCUCCUGUUUCUAUCUGACUCUGUCCUGUUUCUCUCCUCACCCUCCUGUUUCUCUCUGACUCUGUAGUGUCUGCUGUAGCCUAGUAGUUGUCCCGCCCCUAGUGUUCUCGUCUCGGCAGUAGAGUGCUGGUCCAGAGGUGGUUCUACUGAUGGAAUGUUCUGGGUUCUGUAGGUUCUAUUCCUCAGCUUCAGCCUGUCUGUUUAUAACUAAACCAGGACAUCAUUGUUUUUGUGACACUUCAAUACGUUAAUAUGUAACACUUCACAGUGUUUUUUUUCACCCCUCAUUUGGUGUUUUCUCAUCUGCUGAUCACAAGUCUUUAUAUAAAAUCUAUGAUUGUUGCACAAAAACCAACAUAAAUAAAUAAAAAAAACACUGCUAAACAAAAGCUAUUUCAAGGUGGGUUGAGACCAUGUUAUGUUUUUUGCUGAAAGUAUUUUUGCUAUUCUAUUAAUUUUUGGGGGGAGAAGAAGAAAAAUGUAUUUUAAAAUGUUUGAUCUGUUUUUAAAAAUUUGUAGCACAAAUAAAAUUCUCGUUGAUC